AUGGCAAAGGUGAAGAGCGCUCCAACCAACAAGCGCCAGCGAAAGAACACUGAUAUCGUUGCUGAUCCAGCUGAGCCUGUGGAGGCUGUGGAGAGCCAGUCGCCGAAUGUCAAAAUGGAGAUCGAUCCUGACUCAGCGUCAAUCUCAGCCGAGGCCAUUGAUAAUGAUCUUGAGCAGGCUAAGGACUUCCUACUGAAUCCCACGCAGAAAGGUGGACGCAAACCCGGCAGCGGCGCUGGCGAAAAGCGUAAAUCUGAGGGAGAAUACUCCACCAAUCCCCAUUCAGUCAAAUCAAGAAAGCGACAGGUUACUGGAAAUCGGUUCAGAGAUGAAGCUCAGCGUGCCAGGAGGGCUGCGGCUCAAUGGGUGUCCCGGAAGAUGGGCGAAUGGAAAAAGGGCGAAGAGUACUCAGGAAUCGCAGUCGAGGACCGUCCAGCAAGAGAAGCUGAGCAAAAACAAAAGUUUGUGCAACAGAGGAAACAGGAAUUCGAGGAUCGUGAGAACAACCUGCUUCUCAAGCUCCUUGGUGGAUGUGAACCACAGCUUGCUGCCAGACUUCACUGCAACCAGUUGGAAGAAUUCAAGCGUAUGAUUGUACAGAAGGUUCCACAUGGUGACCCCCGAUGGUGGCAGGAUGAGAUCGAUCAAGAGGACGAGCAUGGAAUCACUUGCGUUGAUUCUGAAAAGAUCGCAGUUCGAAGUGAGCAGAGAUACGAGCAGACCAAAUUGAGUGCUGAAGCAAUAGCUAUAAAGCGAGCCAAAUUUUUCUCAUCAUUUUGUGGUCGCAUCUUGCAUUACUGA